GAAUCUGUAAGUAAUUUUUCCAACUUUAUAAUCUGGAUUUCGUCGUCAACAUAGAACAACAAAAGAAGGUCACCCAUCUUGAAAUCAUCUUGAAUCUCACAGCUGACGACAAGCGUCCACCCUCUCGUCGUUCAGGUCAACUGGAUCGGAUUACAGCUCUUCUUUUUCUUUUCUGGAACCAGACAGCGUAGGCGGAUUAAAAUCGCGAGGUUAUUAGAAGCUACAAAAGUUGGUGAUUCGUAUAACUGAAGAGCAGUCGGAUCUGCGUCCUUUCCAUCCGUUCGUGUAACAAAAUAAUUCACUUGAUCACUCGAAUGGCAUUUACAUAAAGUGAAACAAGUUGGCAUUUUUCAUAAAGGACCCAAAAUGGUCCAUUGGACUCUUUCUCUAUCUUUUUUAUUCAUCGUAGUUUCGGCACAAACUCCCGAUCCUAUUGAUGAUUUCGAGGAAUCCUCUUGCAUACAUGAAGGAAAAGAAUAUCGUAAUGGAGAGGAAUGGAGUCCUGAUGCGUGUACUCUUUGUAUGUGUUUAUUAGGAGAGGUUGAAUGUGAAACAAAACAUUGUCCAAAAAUAGAAUGUAAAACUAAUAUGUAUAUACCUCUUGGAGAAUGUUGUCCAAUUUGUGCUGAUGAAACUAGUUUAGGACCUGAGGAAACAGUCAGGCCUUUUCCAGAUGGUGGUGGUGGAUCAAGAGGUACAGUUGAACAGCCUGACAUAUAUAUCCCAGGGGAAAGGGGUUAUCCUGGUGAAAGUGGUAUACCUGGGAGACCAGGAGAACGAGGUAGUCCAGGAGUACCUGGAUCGCAUGGUGUACCAGGACCACCAGGGCCACCAGGACCACCAGGAUCAGGACCAGAUUUAUCAGCUUGGUGGACUCAAUUAGCUGCUACCGGUGGAGGAGGAGGAGGUGAUAAAGGACCAGCUUUUCCUGCUGAUAUGUUUCAAUUUCUUCAGGCUCAUGUGGGUCCUGUAGGUCCUCGAGGUUCAACAGGUCCACCUGGUCCACCAGGACCACAAGGUUUUCAAGGAAUUAGAGGAGAUAGUGGAGAAUCUGGACCACCAGGAAAACCAGGCAUGCCUGGAGAAAGAGGACCACCUGGUUUACCAGGAAAAGAUGGAGAACCAGGAGAUGAUGGUCGACCUGGCCCUCCUGGCCCACCUGGACCUCCAGGUGCUAGAGGAACACCAGGAAUUCCAGGUCUUCCAGGAGCAAAGGGACAUCGAGGUUUUCCUGGAGUUGAUGGAGCCAAAGGUGAACAAGGAGUUGCAGGUGAAAAGGGAUUAAGAGGAGUAGAUGGACUGCCUGGACAGCCUGGACCACCUGGACCAAUUGGGCGACCUGGACCUCCUGGAUUUCCAGGUGCAUCUGGAUCAAAGGGUGAAAUUGGAAGUGUUGGACCACGUGGUAGUCAAGGACCUAGAGGGCCAAGAGGUGAACCAGGUUCUGCAGGUAUAGCAGGAGAAAGAGGUCUAGUAGGUGCACCAGGAAAAGAUGGAAUACCAGGAGAAAAAGGUUCACCUGGUGAUCGUGGUCUAUCAGGUCCUCCAGGAUUUCCAGGAGCACGAGGUCUUCAGGGUUUGCAAGGAAAUGCUGGACUUCCAGGUCCAAAAGGUGCUCCUGGAAUUCCGGGUGAACCUGGUACAAGAGGAGAAGCAGGAAGAAAAGGAGAAAUUGGAUCACCUGGACCCAGAGGUUUGCCUGGUGUAUCUGGACCUCAGGGUAAAAGGGGAAAGGCUGGGCCUCCAGGACCCCCAGGUUCUCCUGGACCUUCUGGAGAAAGGGGUAGUACUGGUUUGAGAGGAUUACCUGGUCAAGAUGGUGCACCAGGUGGAAAGGGUCUUCCUGGAGAUCGUGGUCCAGAAGGUUUUCCAGGUCCAAAAGGAGAACAGGGUGAAUCAGGUAGAAUUGGACCACCAGGUGUACAAGGAUUAAGAGGUUCACCAGGACCAAGUGGUAUUCCGGGUAAAGAUGGUCAAUCUGGAGAAAGAGGUCUUCCUGGACCUGAAGGCAAACUAGGUAUUCCAGGCCCACAGGGUAUACAAGGUCCUCCAGGAAUAGCAGGAUUGCCUGGACAAAAGGGAGAAAGGGGAGAUGUAGGAGUUGAUGGUCAGCCAGGUCAAAUUGGGUCACCAGGGCCAAGAGGUGAUCCAGGAAAAGAUGGAGCUACAGGAACACCAGGACCUAGAGGACUUCCUGGUGAACCUGGGGAAAGAGGAUUACCUGGUUUACAAGGUUCAAGAGGCUUUCAGGGUAUUCCAGGUAUUCCUGGUACAGCUGGUUCACCAGGGAAAGAUGGGCAACCUGGAUCACCUGGACCUCCAGGAUUUCCAGGACCAUCAGGAGAUAGAGGAGAGCGUGGAUUUCCAGGAGAAAGAGGCCCACAGGGACUUCCUGGUCCACAAGGAAUUAGAGGUGAAUCUGGACCUUCAGGAAAAGAAGGAAGCAGGGGAUUACCAGGUGAUAAAGGUGCAAAAGGAAGUUCAGGACCUUCAGGAUUACUUGGUUUACCGGGAAGAAGAGGAGAUGUUGGACCCGCUGGUCCAAAAGGUGAUAAGGGAGAAACUGGUUUAGUUGGCCCUGCUGGACCCUCUGGCAGACCAGGAGAUCAAGGACCACCAGGCUUGUCAGGACCAAUAGGACCUCGUGGAGAAUCUGGUGAUAAAGGUGAAGUUGGUUCUCCUGGACCUGUUGGUUUACAAGGUCCACCAGGUGUUCAAGGUGAUAAAGGACCUCCUGGACUUCAAGGAAUACAAGGACCUCCUGGUCCAGUAUUAGAAAUUUUUACAUUAAAGGGUGAAGUUGGUUCUCCUGGACCUGUUGGUUUACAAGGUCCACCAGGUGUUCAAGGUGAUAAAGGACCUCCUGGACUUCAAGGAAUACAAGGACCUCCUGGUCCAGUAGGAACUCCUGGUACUCCUGGACCAAAAGGAGAUCAAGGUAUAGUUGGUUCAAAAGGUGAAAGAGGUGAUCAAGGUCUUUCUGGAAGACCUGGAGAACCUGGAUUACAAGGUGCAAGAGGUAUAGCUGGUGCAAGGGGAGCACGAGGAGAAGAAGGGAAGAAGGGUGAUGCAGGAUUUCCAGGUGUACCAGGUCGUCCUGGGAAUGCAGGACCUCCUGGAAAAGAUGGCUUUCCAGGUGUGACAGGUCCUCCUGGCAGAGAUGGACUUAAGGGUGCACAAGGAGAUUCUGGUAGGCCAGGUCCACCAGGUCCACCUGGUCCUCCAGGAUUGGCAGGUCUUCCAGGAACAAAAGGAGAUGUUGGGCAAGAAGGACAUACUGGUUUACCGGGAAGAAGAGGAGAUGUUGGACCCGCUGGUCCAAAAGGUGAUAAGGGAGAAACUGGUUUAGUUGGCCCUGCUGGACCCUCUGGCAGACCAGGAGAUCAAGGACCACCAGGCUUGUCAGGACCAAUAGGACCUCGUGGAGAAUCUGGUGAUAAAUUAGAAAUUUUUACAUUAAAGGGUGAAGUUGGUUCUCCUGGACCUGUUGGUUUACAAGGUCCACCAGGUGUUCAAGGUGAUAAAGGACCUCCUGGACUUCAAGGAAUACAAGGACCUCCUGGUCCAGUAGGAACUCCUGGUACUCCUGGACCAAAAGGAGAUCAAGGUAUAGUUGGUUCAAAAGGUGAAAGAGGUGAUCAAGGUCUUUCUGGAAGACCUGGAGAACCUGGAUUACAAGGUGCAAGAGGUAUAGCUGGUGCAAGGGGAGCACGAGGAGAAGAAGGGAAGAAGGGAGAACGAGGAAGUGAAGGUAAAACAGGAUCUAGUGGAUUACCUGGACCUCAAGGUAUUCCUGGACAAUCUGGGCCACCAGGCUUACCAGGUGAACCUGGGUCUCCUGGACAUUCUGGUAAAGAUGGUCCACCUGGACCUUCUGGUCGUCCUGGUGAUAAAGGACCCCCUGGACCUCCAGGUCCUCCAGGACAAGCUGGAUUACAAGGACUUCAAGGACCUCCUGGACCUUCUGGACCACCAGGUCCAACUGGUGAAAGAGGAGAGAGAGGUGAGGUAGGGGCUAGAGGUCAGCAAGGACCACAAGGAAAUAGAGGGUUACCUGGACCUACAGGUGCUACUGGUAAUAAAGGAGAAAGAGGUGAAGCAGGUCAAACUGGACCCAAGGGUCACCGAGGCUUGAUUGGCUUACAAGGUCUUCCUGGUCCUCCGGGUGCUCGAGGUGAUAAGGGAAUGGAUGGUCCUGCUNGAGGUCCUCCUGGACCUAAAGGACCUCAAGGUAGAGAUGGUAAUCCUGGUAUUCCUGGUCCUCAAGGGUUACCUGGACCAAGAGGACCAUCUGGAGAAAGUGGCAAAAAUGGAUUGCCAGGUCCUCCUGGACCUGCAGGACCACCAGGUCCACCAGGUGAAUCAUUUGGUUAUGAUGCAGCUGCAUUACAAGCUCUUUUAGGAAGUAGACAAGUCAAGGGACCAGAUCCUAUACUUGGAGAUGAACCAUUACAACUGUUUUCUUCUGAUACUCCACCAGAAGAGAAAAAACGAAUUGUUUUCAAAUUUUAUGAUAAAAUGGUAAAUGAAUAUAAAAAGUUUAGAAGACCAACAGGUAAACCAGAUGCUCCAGCAAGAACAUGCCGUGAUCUUUCUGAGAUGCAACCAGAGCUUCCAAAUGGAAUUUAUUGGAUAGAUCCUAAUCAGGGAACAAGCAAAGAUGCCAUUGAAGUUUAUUGUGAUAUGGAGAAUAAAGCUACAUGCCUGUAUCCUAUAUCUAAUGAAAUUCCCAAAAAAUCAUAUUACAAAGGAAGAAGUGUGUAUACCUGGUUUAGUGAAAUGAAUGAUGGUUUUACGUUUUCGUACAAAUGUGAUCAAUUCCAACUUGGAUUUUUACAAAUGUUAAGCCACGAAGCAGUUCAAAAUAUUACAUAUCAUUGCCGAAAUUCCAUCGCAUACUAUGAUUCCAACAACAAAUUUUACCGAAGAGCAGUAAAAUUAAUGGCCUACAAUGAUGUAGAAUUAAUUGCUGAAGGAAACAAAAUGUUCACAUACUCAGUAUUAGAAGAUGGAUGUCAGUAUCGUAGCAAUGAAUGGGCUCAAACAGUUUUCCAAUACAAGACAAAGAAACCUCAACGUUUACCAAUAGUAGAUAUAGCACCACGUGAUAUAGGUUCUAAGAACCAAGAGUUUGGAUUAGAACUGGGUCCUGUUUGCUUCUCUUAAUAUCUGAGAGAACAAAAAAAAAACUUUAGCAAAACAAUUUCAGAUGGAGCUUCAACUCAAAAAAUUUAAUGUGAAUAAAUGAUUAUUUUCACUUUCAUUUUCUGCUGAAAAUA